AUGAAUAAUAGCUGUAUGCAUACAUACGAGGAAUCAUAUACAUGUUAUGUAAAAUUAAAAGAUGAAAAAUUGAAGGAAAUGACAAGUGUUAGCACUGUAAUUUUUUGGUAUUUUUGUUUUUUUGUGUAUGUUUGGUACAUAAACAUUGUGUGUGUAUAUCCACUUAAGUUUGAUGGCAGCCAUUUUGUUAUAUAUUACUUUAUACAAGGAUGUGGCAGUUUAUUACUUGGGCUAUUUUCGGAUAUAUAUGGGAAAAGAAAAUGUUUGAACAUUUCUUUUUUAUUUUUAAUUGCUUCAUUUUCAACAAUAUUGCUAACAAUAAGCUCCUCUGAUUUUUUAUUUAUCAAUAACAUCAAAGAUUUUAAUAAUCGAAAAUACGAUCUUUAUUCAAAUCAAAAUGUAUUUGCCCAAGAUGAUUCAGCAAACAACUUAAUGUCUUUUUUUAAUCUAAAAGAAGGGAAUAAUUUUUUUGAUCAAGGCAACCAAAAUGAUAAUUUUAAUGGGAAUAUAUAUAAAGUACUGAAUAGUCAUAAUACUAAUAUACAAGAUAACAAUAAUUAUAUGAGCAAAUCAGAACAUGAAAAUAUUUCUUAUAUGGCUAAUCCUUAUUCAAAUGGUAACCAUGAUCAAAAUUAUUUAAAUGAAAAACCAAAAAGUCCCAACAAUGAUAAUAAUAAUAUCGAAACAGUACAUAUUAGAGGAGACAAUACUAAGGAUGUAGAAAAUUUAACUGCCGAACAUAGCAAUCAACAUACUAAUUCGAUUAAUAAAAAUAUAAAAAUAAAAAUAAAAUUAAAUAAUAAUUUUCAAAAUUUGCAUGAACAGUUAAUAAAAAAGGUAUUAAAUGAUAUAAAAAAAAAAAAUAGUGAACUUUUAAAUAAAAAACACUUAAAUAACAUAAUUCAACUAUGUGUGAAAACAAAUCUGAAAAAAUAUAUUAUGGACAUGAAAAAUUACAAUAUUGGGAUGGCUAAAAAUAUCAGACGAAAAAAAAGCGUCAUUACCAACAAUAAUAGUGAUAAUAAUAAUAAUUAUUUUCGUAAUUAUCCAAACAACGAAAAUAUCGAUAUAUAUAUGAACAAUAAUUAUGAUCAUAUAGUAAAUAAAUGUGUGGAUGGAAUUAUAUCGAUGUAUAGUGAUGGAAAAGAUGCUAAUUAUGCUACUGGACAAAAUGAUGAUCUAUAUUUUUCGCAUAAAGAAAAUAACCAAAAUAAUAAGUCAAAUAUUCAAAUCCUUGAAACAUUAUUCGAAAGUUCUGAUCAAAACGAAAACAAAUAUUCAGAUAUUUAUAAAAUAUUAUUUUAUUUGUUAACAUUUGCAAGCGGUUUUUUUGCCAAAGGGAUAAGUAAUAUAUUAUGUAUUAUAAUUACAGAAAAUAUAAAAUCGAGUUAUAGAACGAAGGGUGUGUGCUUAAUAUAUAUUAUUGAGAAUAUAUCAUUAAUUUUAAUCCGAUCGCUAUUUGUUUUUAAUACAUAUAUUAAUUUAUAUUUAUUAUAUAAAAUAAAUAUUUUUUUUUGUGCAUUUUUAAAUAUAAUAAUUAUUAUUUUACUAAAUAAAUAUUUCAGUAGCAUAAAUACUAAUAUACUAAAAAUACAAAAAGACAAUAUCAACAACUUACAAAAUCAUGAAAAUUGCAUAGAAAGUAAUCCGUUAUCUAAUGAUGAUGAUAAUGGCUCGAAUAGUGAUAUAAACAAUGAAAAAAAAAAAAAAAAAAAAAAAAAUUUUUUUUCGUUUUUUAAAAGAAAUAAUAUCGAUUUAGAUAAUUCUGAAAAUGCUAAUUAUGACACAAUUCAAGUUUUCAAAAUUGACAAAAAUUAUAAUGAUAUUAAAAGAGAAUUGUCUAACGAUAUCUUAAAAUUAAAAGCUGCUGCAAACAUAAUCGAAAAUGAAGAAACUAUAAACCAUGAUCUUAUUAUACAUAAAGAUAUAGAAAAUAACCCAGAUAAAAUAUUAGAUAAUACAAGCAGUAUAAGUGAUGAUAUAAGCAAUAUACCAAACGAACUAAGUAAUAAACAUAACAUAACAAAUGAAGCAAUUAAUACAUUAAGUGAUAAUCCAAAUAUAUUAGACAGCUCAUCUAACAAAAUAAAUGAGACACAUAAUUCAAAACCAUCACCAAAAAAAAUUUUCAAAAAAUUAACCACAUUAACAAAAAUAAAUAAUAAAAAAAUAGAAUUAAAAAAAUCGAAAACUAUCGGGGUAAGUUAUAAAAAUAUACUAAAUGGUAAAAUGCUUACAACAAUUAAUAAAAAUGAAUUGUUAGACAAAUUAAAUAAAAAUGACGAAUUUCUACAAUAUAUUGAAGAAUUAAAACAUAAUAAUAUAUUAAAUAUAUAUAUAAUGUGGGUAAAAUAUACAUUUAAUGCACAUAAAUACGUUGUUUGGGCUUUAUGCUUAUUAUAUUUUAUGUUUAAUUUUCUAUAUAUUAGCUUCUUUGUAAUAUAUAAUAUAUUUAUAUACGAUAUUAAAAGUCAAUUUCAUUUUUAUAAAUUUAAUAAUUCUUUUCUAAUAUUAAACUUUGUUCUUUUAGUUUUUUAUUUAUUUUUAUAUUGUAAUUUAAAAAAUAAAAUAAUCAAAAUAUUAAAUUUAUUUGGAUAUAUAAUUAUAACAUUCAUAUCAUUUGCUUUUAUAUUGUUUAUUUAUUCAACAUCAUAUUUUGUAAUAUCACUUCAUGAUCAUACAUAUAUAUUAUAUACAAUUAUAUUUUAUAUGUUUUUGUCUAUACCUAAUGUUUCAUUGUUUUUAUUUUAUACAUUUUUUUCACACACAUUAUGUAAAGGAUUAUUACUUGGUAUGUUUAUUUUUUUUGGGCACCUUGGUUUUAUUGCAUAUGCUAUUAUUAGAAUUUUUAUAAUUCCAAAGUAUUUGUCAACAUUUAAUUUAAUAUUUUCAUGUAUUAUUUGUAUUAUUUCAUUUAUUAUAAUCAUUUUAUUUAUUCCACAAGUUAGUUCAUCAAUCAAUUAUAAUCGUAUCGACGAAGCUUAUUUUUAUCACUUUUUGUUAUAUCUUUCUAACAAAAAAAUUGUUUCUCCACAUUACACAAAUAUGGCUGUAUCAUCCGAUGAAAAGUAA